CUCUUUCAGAACAUGGAAAAGGUGCUGGUCCCUUCUGUCACGUUAAUUGUAGGCUGUGGAGUAUCUUCGCUGACACUUUUGCUGUUGAUUAUCAUUUAUGUCUCUGUUUGGAGAACUCAGGUUUUUCCGUGCCUGGGGUAUCAUUGGAUCUGCUCAAGUCCUUGUCCUCUCCUGCUUUUCCUCAGGCUGGGCAGCACUGGGCAGCGCUGGUAUAUCCGCUCAGAGCGCUCGGUCAUUCUUAUCAACUUCUGCCUGUCCAUCAUCUCCUCCAAUGCUCUCAUCCUGAUCGGACAGACCCAGACCCGGAAUAAGGUGAUAUGCACGCUGGUGGCGGCUUUCUUGCACUUCUUCUUCCUCUCCUCUUUCUGCUGGGUGCUGACUGAGGCCUGGCAGUCCUACAUGGCCGUGACGGGUCGGUUACGGAACCGCAUCAUCCGCAAGCGCUUCUUGUGUCUCGGAUGGGGGCUCCCCGCCUUGGUGGUUGCCAUUUCUGUGGGAUUUACUAAAGCCAAGGGGUACGGCACCGUGAACUACUGCUGGCUGUCAUUAGAGGGAGGUCUUCUCUACGCCUUCGUGGGACCAGCUGCUGCUGUUGUUUUGGUGAACAUGGUUAUUGGCAUUCUGGUUUUUAACAAACUUGUAUCCAAAGAUGGAAUAACAGAUAAGAAACUGAAGGAACGGGCAGGUCAGAUGGCAGUGCCCCUUUACGGCAUGACGCUCAAAUGUUCCAAGUGUGGAGUAGUUUCUUCUGCUGAAGUUUCGGCCACAGCCACCAGUAACGCCAUGGCAUCCCUUUGGAGUUCCUGUGUGGUCCUGCCCCUCCUGGCUCUCACCUGGAUGUCUGCAGUUCUGGCAAUCACAGAUCGGCGGUCAGCGCUCUUCCAGAUCCUUUUUGCUGUCUUUGACUCAUUGGAAGGCUUUGUCAUUGUGAUGGUCCAUUGUAUCCUUAGGAGGGAGGUUCAAGAUGCUGUGAAGUGCCGAGUAGUAGACCGCCAGGAAGAGGGCAAUGGAGACUCUGGGGGGUCAUUUCAGAACGGACACGCUCAACUAAUGACUGAUUUUGAGAAGGAUGUGGAUAUGGCUUGUAGAUCAGGUGAGCACAUCACAGGUGAGAAUCGACAAGUGACCUGGUUUGGGGAUUGAACUAGGCCAUAUCUU